AUGCCACGAAAGCCGUCUAUCGCCUGCUGCUCUCUGAUUUCGUGCGAGUCAGCAAGGUGGCUGUUGAAGAUGCUCCCUUGUCUGCCUCCCUUCCCCUACCCUCCCACUGCCCCUCCACCCCUACCUUGCUCCACCGCACCCCACCUCCUCCCUCUUCAGACCAACUUCCAGGGACGCGUGUUCAUGACCCAUGCCACCAAGGCCGUCUAUCGCCUGCUGCUCUCUGACUUCGUGCGAGUCAGCAAGGUGGCUGUGGAUGAUGCCCUGUUCACGGAGCAAGACAUUCAACAGAGCAUGGAGAAGAUUGAGGUGAUCGAUUUCCACCAGAUUCACGAGGUGAACGGCUUCAAGCUCUGGUGCUACACGGUGGGGCACGUGCUGGGAGCUCCUUUCAUUGGUCUUCCAUUCAGUGCUAACCCCUCCGUCCGUGGCCUUUCCUUUCCUUACCCUCAUGUGAUAGAUUUCCACCAGAUUCACGAGGUGAAUGGUAUCAAGUUCUGGUGCUACACGACAGGCAGGGCACGUGCUGGGAUCGGCCGUGCUGCUCCUUUUUCCAUUCCACAUGCUUUGUCUUUUUUCCCUCCCUUGCUGCUCCUUUAUUCCUCCCAGGUCAUCGACUUUCACCAGAUUCACGAGGUCAUUGAUUUCCACCAGAUUCACGAGGUGAACGGUAUCAAGUUCUGGUGCUACACGGCGGGGCACGUGCUGGGAGCAGCCAUGUUCGCGGUGGAUAUAGCGGGAAUCAGGGUGCUCUAUACGGGGGAUUACUCGCGCGAGGAGGACCGCCACUUGAGAGCAGCCGAAGUGCCGCCCUUCUCUCCGGACCUCUGCGUCAUUGAGUCAACGUUUGGUGUACAGAUGAGUCUUGGUGGCUCUUUCUUUGUAUGCAGAACAGUGCUGAACGGAGGGAGGGUGCUCAUUCCCGCGUUCGCCCUCGGCCGGGCCCAGGAGCUGCUGCUGAUUCUGGACGAGCCGAGCACUCACCUCCUUGUUUCACCGGCUCUCUUCCCCUCUUUCUCUCCUUCUCUCUUUCUCUCCUUCUCUCUUUCUCUCCUUCUCUCUUCUCUCUUUCUCUCCUUCUCUCUUUCUCUCCUUCUCUCUUUCUCUCCUUCUCUCUUUCUCUCCUUCUCUCUUUCUCUCCUUCUCUCUUUCUCUCUCCUUCUCUCUUUCUCUCCUCUCUUUCUCUCCUUCUCUCUUUCUCUCCUUCUCUCUUUCUCUCCUUCUCCUUCUCUCUUUCUCUCCUUCUCUCUUUCUCUCCUUCUCUCUUUCUCUCCUUCUCUCUUUCUCUCCUUCUCUCUUUCUCUCCUUCUCUCUUUCUCUCCUUCUCUCUUUCUCUCCUUCUCUCUUUCUCUCCUUCUCUCUUUCUCUCCUUCUCUCUUUCUCUCCUUCUCUCUUUCUCUCCUUCUCUCUUUCUCUCCUUCUCUCUUCUCUUUCUCUCCUUCUCUCUUUCUCUCCUUCUCUCUUUCUCUCCUUCUCUCUUUCUCUCCUUCUCUCUUUCUCUCCUUCUCUCUUUCUCUCCUUCUCUCUUUCUCUCCUUCUCUCUUUCUCUCCUUCUCUCUUUCUCUCCUUCUCUCUUUCUCUCCUUCUCUCUUUCUCUCCUCUCUUUCUCUCCUUCUCUCUUUCUCUCCUCUCUCUUUCUCUCCUUCUCUCUUUCUCUCCUUCUCUCUUUCUCUCCUUCUCUCUUUCUCUCCUUCUCUCUUUCUCUCCUUCUCUCUUUCUCUCCUUCUCUCUUUCUCUCCUUCUCUCUUUCUCUCCUUCUCUCUUUCUCUCCUUCUCUCUUUCUCUCCUUCUCUCUUUCUCUCCUCUCUUUCUCUCCUUCUCUCUUUCUCUCCUCCUCUCUUUCUCUCCUUCUCUCUUUCUCUCCUUCUCUCUUUCUCUCCUUCUCUCUUUCUCUCCUCUCUUUCUCUCCUUCUCUCUUUCUCUCCUUCUCUCUUUCUCUCCUUCUCUCUUUCUCUCCUUCUCUCUUUCUCUCCUUCUCUCUUUCUCUCCUUCUCUCUUUCUCUCCUUCUCUCUUUCUCUCCUUCUCUCUUUCUCUCCUUCUCUCUUUCUCUCCUUCUCUCUUUCUCUCCUUCUCUCUUUCUCUCCUUCUCUCUUUCUCUCCUUCUCUCUUUCUCUCCUUCUCUCUUUCUCUCCUUCUCUCUUUCUCUCCUUCUCUCUUUCUCUCCUUCUCUCUUUCUCUCCUUCUCUCUUCUCUCCUUCUCUCUUUCUCUCCUUCUCUCUUUCUCUCCUUCUCUCUUUCUCUCCUUCUCUCUUUCUCUCCUUCUCUUCUCUCUUUCUCUCCUUCUCUCUUUCUCUCCUUCUCUCUUUCUCUCCUUCUCUCUUUCUCUCCUUCUCUCUUUCUCUCCUUCUCUCUUUCUCUCCUUCUCUCUUUCUCUCCUUCUCUCUUUCUCUCCUUCUCUCUUUCUCUCCUUCUCUCUUUCUCUCCUUCUCUCUUUCUCUCCUUCUCUCUUUCUCUCCUUCUCUCUUUCUCUCCUUCUCUCUUUCUCUCCUUCUCUCUUUCUCUCCUUCUCUCUUUCUCUCCUUCUCUCUUUCUCUCCUUCUCUCUUUCUCUCCUUCUCUCUUUCUCUCCUUCUCUCUUUCUCUCCUUCUCUCUUUCUCUCCUUCUCUCUUUCUCUCCUUCUCUCUUUCUCUCCUUCUCUCUUUCUCUCCUUCUCUCUUUCUCUCCUUCUCUCUUUCUCUCCUUCUCUCUUCUCUCUUUCUCUCCUUCUCUCUUUCUCUCCUUCUCUCUUUCUCUCCUUCUCUCUUUCUCUCCUUCUCUCUUUCUCUCCUCUCUUUCUCUCCUUCUCUCUUUCUCUCCUUCUCUCUUUCUCUCCUUCUCUCUUUCUCUCCUUCUCUCUUUCUCUCCUUCUCUCUUUCUCUCCUUCUCUCUUUCUCUCCUUCUCUCUUUCUCUCCUCUCUUUCUCUCCUUCUCUCUUUCUCUCCUUCUCUCUUUCUCUCCUUCUCUCUUUCUCUCCUUCUCUCUUUCUCUCCUUCUCUCUUUCUCUCCUUCUCUCUUUCUCUCCUUCUCUCUUUCUCUCCUUCUCUCUUUCUCUCCUUCUCUCUUUCUCUCCUUCUCUCUUUCUCUCCUUCUCUCUUUCUCUCCUUCUCUCUUUCUCUCCUUCUCUCUUUCUCUCCUUCUCUCUUUCUCUCCUUCUCUCUUUCUCUCCUUCUCUCUUUCUCCUCACUCAACCACAGAUCCACGAGCCACGGGAAGUGAGGGAGCGUCGAUUUCUCGACUUUGUCGUGGGAACGGUGUUGAACGGAGGGAGGGUGCUCAUCCCGGCGUUCGCCCUGGGGCGAGCGCAGGAGCUGCUGCUCAUUCUGGACGAGCACUGGAGGGGCCAUCCGGAGGUGCAGCACGUGCCGCUGCUCUAUGCGUCGCCCCUCGCAAGGAAAACUAUGAGCGGUCUUGUGCUGCGUCCCAAGGUGCAGCACGUGCCACUGCUCUAUGCCUCCCCUCUCGCCUGCAAGACUAUGGUGGUGUACCGCGCCAUGAACGACCGCAUUCGCGAGCAAGCGGAAGUCUCCAACCCGUUUGACUUCCGGUUCAUCAAGUCGCUGAGGAGCAUUGCUGAAUUUGAGGACACGGGGCCGGCUGUGUCCGGGCGGGCUGCAGAGCGGGCUGUCACGCCAGCUGUUGGACAUGCGGUGCCAGGAUGCGAGGUGGAGGAGCGCCCUCCUGGACCCUCCCCUCCAUCGCUCUAUUUCACCCACCCUCCUGGACCCUCCCCUCCAUCGCUCUAUUUCACCCACCCCCUCCCCUCCAUCGCUCUAUUUCACCCACCCCCUCCCCUCCAUCGCUCUAUUUCACCCACCCUCCUGGACCCUCCCCUCCAUCGCUCUAUUUCACCCACCCUCCUGGACCCUCCCCUCCAUCGUUCUAUUUCACCCACCCUCCCUUCUCCCUCUUCCCCGCUCCCUCUCAUCUGUCCCCUUCCCGUUCUUCCCCCCAGGAACACGUGCUUGAUCCCAGGGUAUGUGGUUGAAGGCACCUUAGCCAAGACCAUUCUGAGCAAGCCCAAUGAGGUGACCCUUCAAUCCAGCGCCACCGUCCCUCUCUCUUUUCUUCUCUUUCCCCCCACCCGGUACCGUUCCCCCAGGAACACAUGCCUGAUCCCAGGGUACGUGGUAGAGGGCACGCUAGCCAAGACCAUUCUGAGCGAGCCCAACGAGGUGACUCUCCAAUCCGGUGCCACCGUCCCUCUCCGCAUGAAGGUCCACUACGUGUCCUUCGCAGCCCACGCCGACUACCCGCAGACCUCCCACUUUCUGGAGCAGAUCCGUCCCCCCCACAUCGUGCUGGUUCACGGGGAGGCGCACGAGAUGGCACGGCUUAAAGCCAAGCUUGCGCUGCAUUUCAAGGACUCGCCGGCCCCGCCGAGUAUUCACACCCCGAAGAAUUGCCAGGGCGUGGAGUUUUUUUUCAAGGGGGAGAAGAUUGCGAAGGUGGUGGGGAGGAUUGCGGAGAAUGGGGGGGUUAUGGCUCCUGAUGGGGAGGAGGAUGGGGAGGGGGGGGGUGGUGAUGCUGCUGCUGCCGGUACUGGUGCUGGUGAUAGUGGUGGUGGUGCUGCUGCUCCGGCAAUCAAAGCAGCAGAGGUUACGGGAGGGCUGGUAGCAUCAAGCAACCCAUCGAGCAAAGCAGGCGCCACCCAAGCAACUACAGGAGCAGGAGCAGCAGGGGGAGGAGCAACAGGGGGAGGUGCAAUGGCGGGAUGUGCAACAGAGGCAGCUGAACCAACAGGGGGAGCAGCAGCAGGGCGCACUAUAAGUGGGCUGCUAGUGCGCAAGGGCUUUAACUACCAGCUACUAGACCCUCAGGACCUCCCCUCCUACACCUCCCUUGGACUCGGCACCGUGGUUCAGAGGCAGUCCGUACCCUUUAUAGGCCCGUUCGAACCCAUUAUAAGGCGCCUGGAGAUGCUGUUCGACUCGGUCGUGCUUAUAAAGGAUGCUGGCGUGCCUGCAGUGCAGGUGCAUGAGAAGGUGAUUGUAGCGAGGGAGGGGGAAGACAGGGUGGUGCUGCAGUGGGCGUCCGAGCCUGUGGGAGAUAUGCUGGCGGAUUCGAUUGUGGCUCUGAUUCUACAGCUGGAAUCCGGGCGGCAAACUGGCAAGGACCUGACGCUGCUGAUGUCAGCAGGAGGAGGGAGAGGAGGAAGAGGAGUGAAGGUGGAAGGUGGGGGAAGGGAGGGAGGAGAGAAGGUGGUGAAGGGAGAGGAACUAGACGACAAGACAGGUGCUUUGGUUGUCGGAGAGAGCGAUAAGAAGAGGAAAGAGAAGGGCGAGGAGGGCGGAGGAGGCAAGGAGGAAAUUCAAGAGGAGGGGAAGGAGGAAGCUAAAUCGAAGGCUAUUGCGAAGGGAGAGGAGGGACAAGGAGAUGGAGAGGGAGAGGGAGAGGGAGAGGGGGAGGAAGGAGGGAAGUGGAGGUGGCUUAGAGAGGACGAGAUGAAGCACUUGGAGCGAGUGCUAGAGAGUAUGUUUGGCGGAGUGAGGAGGGUCGGCGAGGAGGGGUUGAGAGUGAGUGUGGAUGGGGUGGAGGUGAGUGUGAGAGUGGGGGAGGAGGGAGGGGAGGUGGAGUGUGUGGAGGAGGGGCUGAGGAAGAGAGUGAGGGAGGCUGUGAACCGGUUUCUAGCAGCUGUUCGCCCUAUCCCUUCGCCCGUUGGUUCUGGCGUAGGCUUGAAGAAAAGUUAG